GCAUGACGUCGCCGAGGCGCGGACCGCCAUUUCACUGUAGAGCGCUAAAGGAGCGACACGAAGCCGCAGCUAAAGAGUGACGUAGAAGCUCCAUCAUGGUGAAGAUCUUCAUUGGGAACUUGUCCCCCGAUACGACGUCGGACGAGCUCCGCUCGCUCUUCUCUCAGUAUGGGAAGAUCGCCGAGUGCUCCAUCGUCAAAAACUUUGGCUUCGUGCACAUGGACGACAAGGCGGAGGCGGAGGAGGCCAUCCGCAACCUGCACCACUACGAGCUCAACGGCCAGCCCAUGAACGUGGAGCUGAGCUGGGGCAAGUCCAAGGGCUCCACCAAGCUGCACGUGGGCAACAUCGCCUGCACCAACCAGGAGCUGAGGGCCAAGUUCGAGGAGUACGGCGCCGUGCUGGAGUGCGACAUCGUCAAGAACUACGCCUUUGUUCACAUGGAGCGGAUGGAGGACGCCAUGGAGGCCAUAAAUCAGUUAGACAACACUGCGUUUAAAGGCAAACUGAUGAGCGUGAAGCUUUCGACUAGCCGCCUGCGUACUGCGCCGGGAAUGGGAGACCGCUCGGGUUGUUAUCGUUGCGGGCAAGAAGGCCACUGGUCCAAAGAGUGUCCACUAGACCAGAAUGGCUACCACAGAAACGGCUCAGAGCCGAAGUCUGAUGGAUUCGAUGCCUCGAGUUUUGCCGGGCGUGGUCCUAACAGGGCGUAUCCUCCGGACUUCACCGGCGAGCCAGAUUACAGCGCCAGCUACGCUCCGGUGCAGGGCUUUUCCCGGGGUGCUGCUCACGGCGGCGCCAUGGCGGGGUACAGAAGAGGCGCGGGCUACGAGGGCGCAAUGAGAUACGGGCCGCACCCCGGCUACGGCUUAAAUGCCGUCGCCGACCCGAACAUGGCGCGGAUGUACGGCAGCGAGGCGGCAUACCGGGGCGGCGCCUCACUCUACGGCGCGGUGCCGGCCUACCCGAUGCGACGGUCGCCUUACGAGGAGCGGGAUCCGUACGGCGUCGUGGACUACUACGAGAAGUACAGGGCCAAUACGUACGGCGGCAGUUAUUUCGAGGAACGCCGCGGCGUCCCCCUGCCUGCUCCAGCCGCCACCACCACCUCCACGCCGCUAAUGAGGGAGCGCCUGCCGCCCUCUAGCCUCGACCCGUACGAGUGCCCUCCCCUCCCUCCUCCACCGGCCCCCGUCACCUCAUACUUCGCACGUGACCGGAGUCCGAUCCGGAGAGUCGGUACCGAGACGGAGGGAUACUCAUAUGAGCGUUCGCGCCUCUCCCCGGUGAACACCCUCCCAAGAAGCACCACCUUCGAGCAUCCGCGGGACCCCGGCACGGAGCGCCCCCGGUAUACUUACUAACCCCUGCAGCUGACCCCCCACCCCCCCGUUGAGCAGGUAGGGAAGCCCAAGUGCCAUUGGCAUCGUCACCGACCUCCAAACACCUGCAGCCGUCUGAAGAUGUGUGAUCCCACCCCCCCAGCGCCCCAGCCCCUCCCACCACCACCACACUGCUAUGAGACAGCAUUAGCUCCACCCAAAGCUACUCUGUCCAGAUUUACUGCACAUGCUAGCUGGUUAGCGUGCUAAUUGCUAACUUCGACCCCAGAACAGACAUGUGUGAAACCUGGUCUGUUCUUAAAGAUUCUGAAUGUCCUCAGUCCCACCACAAAGAGCCGUGAGCGCAACGGAAGUGCUUAAACACCUGGACUGAAGACCGCUGCAGUGCUGCCCCCUGCUGUACAGGAGUGCUGCCACCUGUUGGCACGUGCAUGUUUGAACUGAAGGUGAGUCUCCGGGUCCCGGCAGCCUGCAGCGCCUCCCGUGUCUCCACGUGCUUCUUAUUCCAGCGUAGCUGUGUCGGUGGAGGUUCACCACGCAGCGACGGGAAACCCAAACGUCUGGCAACGCAGACCUGUUCUUUAACGCCUGAUCAAGAGGUUUUUAUUCCCACAAAGCAAGAUGUUGUCAGCUGAUUGAUGGGGAUUGUGCUCCAGGUGGACGGUCUCAUGGUGUAACCACGUACAGAAACCUACUGAUGACUGCAUGAUGUGUAUUUAUUAUAUCAUUAUGUUGUGUCUUCACCAUUCGACAUGUAAAGCCUAGAAUAUUAUGAAUUUCCCCAUUUUGCCUCGACUUGCUCGUGACCCUUCCUCUUUGUGUUUCUAUUCCACCUCCUGUGAAGUUUCUUUUAUUUUUUUUAAGUUGGAUUAAAAGCUGCAUUGUGAUCCUUUUUUCUUAGAGAUUCCUGAAAUGAGACUUUUCUAGCUGUGACAAGCGAACAGCUUCACGUUUUCAGUGUGUAGUGAUCAAAAUUUAACUUCUGUCGUGAGUUCUGACUCUUCGCUUUCUGAUUAAAAGCUGUUUGUCUUACA